UGCCGAGUGCACGAUAGCUUCACAUACAGCUGGCAACGGAUCAACACGGCAGUGUCAUGGGUGUAAAUAAGGGCCUUGUCCUCGGAGUCUUUGUCGGCAAGAAAGAAGAGGGACCCAUCCAGUUUACCGAAGCAGGAGACGCUUUUGACAAAGUCGUGUCUGGGAAGCUCAGAGAGUUGCUGGCAAUUUCAGGACCUCCGUUGAAGAAAGGAAAAACCCGCAUCUUUCAUGGCUUGCAUCAGGACUUUUCAAGCGUAGUUGUUGUUGGCCUGGGAAAGAAGGCAAUCGGAGUAAAUGACCAAGAAAACUGGAAUGAAGACAAAGAAAACAUACGGGCAGCUGUUGCAGCUGGGUGCAGGCAAGUUCAAGACUUGGAGGUCCCUUGUGUGGAAGUCGACCCUUGUGGCGAUGCUCAGGCUGCAGCGGAAGGAGCCGCCCUAGGACUCUAUGAAUACGAUGAGCUGAAGCAAAAAAAGAAGCCUGUGGUGGACGUUCAGCUCUACGGGAGCGAUGGAGCUGAGGCCUGGCGGAAAGGCCUUAUCUAUGCCAAGGGACAGAACUUGGCCAGAUCCCUCAUGGAGGGUCCGGCCAACCACAUCACGCCUACCCGAUUUGCUGAAAUUAUUGAAAAGAAACUUAAAAGUGUCAGUAGCGAUGCAACUGUCUAUGUAAGGGAUAGGUCCUGGAUAGAAGCACAAGAGAUGGGAUCAUUCUUGAGUGUUGCCAAAGGCUCGGAUGAACCACCUGUCUUUCUGGAGCUUCACUAUAAGGGAAGCUGUGAUGCCAGUGAACCUCCAGUGGUGUUUGUUGGGAAAGGCAUUACUUUUGAUAGUGGCGGCAUUUCCAUUAAACCAUCUGCCAACAUGGAUGCCAUGAGAGCCGAUAUGGGAGGAGCAGCCACCAUCUGCUCUGCCAUCGUGACAGCUGCGGAACUGAAGUUGCCCAUUAAUUUAAUCGGCUUGACACCCCUUUGUGAAAACAUGCCCAGUGGGAAGGCAAACAAGCCUGGAGAUGUCGUGAAGGCCAUGAAUGGGAAAACGAUUCAGGUUGACAACACAGAUGCAGAAGGAAGGUUGGUUCUGGCGGAUGCUCUUUGCUAUGCACACAGUUUUAAUCCACGAGCCAUUGUAGAUGCUGCUACAUUAACAGGUGCUAUGGAUAUCGCACUAGGAUCUGCAGCUACUGGGGUUUUCACCAAUUCACACCAGCUGUGGAACUAUCUGUAUGAGGCUAGCAUCUUGACAGGAGAUCGUGUUUGGAGGAUGCCUCUCUUUGAACAUUAUACAAAACAGAUGACAGACUGCCAGCUUGCAGACAUCAACAACCUUGGAAAAUAUAGAUCUGGUGGUGCUUGUACAGCUGCUGCAUUCCUGAAAGAAUUUGUGACCGCCCCUCAUUGGGCUCACCUAGAUAUUGCAGGUGUGAUGGGAAAUAAAGAUGAGAUUCCAUACCUCCGUAAGGGCAUGGCAGGACGGCCCACAAGGACUCUAGUAGAGUUUGCUGCUCGACUGAGUCAAGACAAGCAGGCAUUCAGAAAAUAGUUAGAUGUGCAAUUAUAGAACCUCCCAGCCUUAAAAUCAGCUUGAGUUAAUUUCAAAACUGCUGAAGCAGUGUGUGUAUUAAUUAAACAGGAAGG